UCCAGCCCCUCCUUCCGCUGCUAGCCCAGUUAGCAGUAGCACAGUUAGCCUCCAGCAGCUGUCGGUGGCAGUCAGUCAGUCAGUCAGUUCCAGAGCUGGUACGGCAGUUAACGUCGUCGUCGUCCUCUUCCUUCCCUCCCGUGGACAGACAAGCCGUGGACGGCCGUGUUGUUUCUUCGGGAGCCAGCUGCGGUUGAAUCGUUGUCCUCGCCGCCGCGACAGGAAGCAGCAGCAGCAGCUCUCUGGGCCAUGGCCAGAACAGAACAAGUGCUGGUGCUGGAGCCACAACACGAGCUGAAGUUUAGAGGCCCGUUUACAGAUGUCGUCACUGCCACUCUGAAGCUCACCAACCCCACAGAUAGAAAUGUGUGUUUCAAAGUCAAGACAACCGCCCCUCGCAGAUACUGUGUGCGCCCCAACAGCGGCGUCAUCGACUCUGGAUCUUCCGUCAACGUCUCUGUUAUGCUACAACCUUUUGACUAUGACCCCAAUGAAAAGAGUAAACACAAAUUCAUGGUGCAGUCCAUGUUGGCUCCGUACGACAUGACUGACAUGGAAGGAGUUUGGAAGGAGGCGAAGCCAGAAGAACUGAUGGAUUCAAAGUUGAGAUGUGCAUUCGAGAUGCCGCUAGAAAAUGACAAAACUCAUGAGAGUGAAAGCAACAAAACUCUGUCUUCCUCUACCUCCUCUGUUCAGACCGAGCACUCCGCGCUGCCCAAGUCCGCCAGCGCCUCACUGGAUGACGGAGAGGUGAAGAAGAUCAUGGAGGAGUGCAAGCGGCUGCAGAUGGAAGUGCAGAGGCUACGGGAAGAAAACAAACAGAUCAGGGAGGACGACGGGCUGCGGAAGAGAAAGCCGACGUCGAUGGCCGCUCCCCACCCCUCUUCCUCCGUCAUGGCAACCUCAGCCAUGAGGGACGAAGGCCUAAGCAUCCGUGUGCUGGCGCUCUGCGUGCUCUUCUUUGUCAUUGGAGUCAUCAUUGGCAAGCUGGCCCUGUAGAGACACAGACGGACAGAGCACAGUGACGGACGGCGUGCUCGGGAGGACACGCGUCAAUGACGGCAACGGGGAUGUCUUCUGGGUUUAUGUUUAUUUCUCUUUCUUUCUUUUUUUUUUUUUUUAAACAUUUAAGGCAAUAUCAUGAUGGGUUGUCUGGGUGGAAAAUAAUUUAAUGUGUGAAAAGAAAAACAAAGGAAGGCAAUCCCAAGUUAAACCACCAGUGAGAGAAUUUGUUACAGGUCCUGCCUUCUUUUUUUUUUCUUCUUUUUUUUUUCUUUUUUUUCUGUGAAACAAUCACCACUUGUGAUCCGUUCUUUCCGUCCAUCUCUCGUUCUUAAAUGAUCUUCCCCAACUUGCACAGGUAACAGUUAGCAGUGUGUGGAAAUGACUUCACUCUGGCUGAAUGUCUAAAGUCUUUCAUUGAUUCUUUAUUGAUUAUCAAGUCUUUAACUUCCACAUUGUAAGAAAGAUCCAACACUCCUCCUCUGAUGAUCUCUCUUCCACUUCUUAAUGAUAAUCUACAAGGAGAGGUGAACACAAGUGAUGAGUGAAAGACUUUUUUUUUUUUCUAGACUCAAACUGUAUUGUCUUCUAAUCAGUUUGUGGUUAAAAAAAAGCAAGCCAGUUUAAACCCGUGCAUUUGUGUGCGUGUGUCUGGGUCUUGUUGAUUUUUAUUUUUUUUUCCUCCUGCAGGGGGGCUGAUGUGACUGCAUGUGAAUGUUUUUAUGUGAGGAGACCACAAACGGUGAAAUCACAGGCUGUUGACUUUUAGAGCAAAGGAAGAGGGGUGGUUUAACAGAUUUCCUGUACACAACAGAAAAAUGGGGGUUUGUUUGUUGAAAAUCAGAUUUAAAAACUGUUACUGACCAGACCAAGGAAUCAAUAGAAAUAUAAUAAAUCCAUUUUUGGGCCAUUGGUUAAAUUAUGACUGUAAAAUCAAGAUUAUGACAGGAUUUAUGCUGCACAGUGAUCAAGUAUAAAGACAAAGCUGUAAUAUAGCUCAAAACAUCAGAUUUUCCCAGUUAAUGCUUUGAUUUUCUUGAUCAUUUCUUCCUCAGGUUGAGAGGGAGAGAGUGGCACUAGCCAGAAAAAAAGACACCUUUUGAAAUAAACUUGUCAUGCAAAACCAA